AUGACUCUAUACUUUGAUUGGAGAAUCCCAAACGCAGAUUUUUCCGGAGUCAAGUCAUCGUACAAAGAGUUCCGUACUCUAUACAGAGAUGCUGAGGAACAAUUGCCAUCGAACAUGCCAAAACCAAGAGGUAGGCAAGUGGGAAGCUUGGCAUACGUUGAUGCCUCGCAUGCAGCAAACAAGAAGACUCGUAGAUCGCAUACCGGCUAUGUCAUCUUCUUGAAUAGGGCGCCUAUUGUUUGGCACAGCCGGAGGCAGAAUACAGUGGAGGCCAGCACCUUUGGGGCUGAAUUCAUUGCUCUGAAAUCAUGUAUUGAAGCAAUUACGCAUUUACGCUACAAGUUGCGUAUGUUUGGGAUCCCACUGGAUGAGGAACCAACACAAGUGUUAGUGGACAAUGAAGCGGUUGUUAAAAACUCGUCACUGGUAGAAUCUACGUUGAACAAAAAGCACAAUUCAAUUGCUUAUCAUUAUGCACGUUGGAAUGUGGCAGCUCGGGUGAUUGCAGUUUCAUGGAUCAAUGGUGCAAUCAAUAUUGCAGAUGCAUUUACAAAGCGACUAACACAAAUGAGGAGAGAAAACCUUUUUGGUUCUUGGGUUUAUUGA